AUGGCUGGGAAACCAAAGCUUUACUACAUCAAUGGAAGAGGCCGGAUGGAAACCAUAAGGUGGCUGUUGGCUGCAGCUGGGGUCGAGGUUUGUCUUCAGAAUUUAAACUCACCAUUUAUUUAAGGCUGUAAAUAUAACCGCAUAUUUGAAGGACAUCCCUCUCUGCCCCCACAAGAAAAAGAAUAUGGGGAAAUGUAGCUUGUUCAAGGCUGUUAUGUGCAUACAUAAAUGAGGGUGUUGAGAAUUGUAGCUCUGUGGGGAUAAACCAGAUCUCCCAGGAUUCCUUGGGAGAAGUCAUGUGCUUUCAAAGUGCUUUGAAGGCAUGCAGACUAGGAAUCCAUUUCAAGCAGUUGGGUCCAGUCCUACCAUAUGGCAGAGUGAGGCACCUGCCUCAGGUGACUGAUUUUAAUUAUCCUGGAAGAGUAGCAAAUUGUCGCAUUUACAGUGUUUUCAUUCACUAUUGUUGUACCUUUAUUGUCAGGGACUGGGAUUUUCUGCGUCAUGUGCCAAAAUAAAUUGACUUGUGCAGGGGAACCAUUUGCUGUUCUGUCUCAGACAGAGAAAAGUCUUGGGCUGGCCUUGCUUUCACACCAAGACAUCCAUUUUGUGACUUCACUGCUUUCAGACUCACACCACUUUUAAUAUCAUAUCCCCACUUCAAUCAUCAAUGACAUUAGCAGUGGAAUUAAUAUUGUCCCCGCCCUUAUAAUCCCCUCCCUUGCUUUGUGGCACUUUCCUGUCUCGUAUUGCUUUCCCAAAAAAUUGACAACAGAAGAGGAGAUUACUUAGGGGGUUUCCAUGAAAUUUCCUCCAGUGCUUGAAAAACUCUGGGCCAUUUAUUGCAGCUGAAAUUAUUUCAUGAGACCCUUGAAAUCUUCUGCCUCUUUUAUUUUCUAGUUUGAAGAACAAUUUAUUGAGUCAAACGAAGAUCUGGAAAAGUUAAGGAAGGGUGAGUAUGACAUCUGAAUAUCUCAGGUUACUUUAGAGGAUAAUCACACAGACACCAAGAUUACACGGAAGUUAAAAGAGCAAGUUUAUAGUCUAGAUGGAUUCCCUGUACAAUAUGAAGAAUAGACAAUCUACUCUGAAGAGUCACUGCAAUUCUACAUAUACCUCCUCACAUGUGGGCCACAUUGAGUUCAGUGGGACUAUCUUCCAGUCUUAAUCAUAGGUGUUUUCAAAGUUCUCCAGUUCUUCAUUGUGCCCUUAAUCUCAGUUACCUGUGCACGAUUUUCGGCAAGAAUAUGUGUGAAUUCACAGUUGUUAUCUGGUUGUAUUGCCUUUAACUCUGUCCUUUGAAAGAGAAGAGAGUUUCCUAGCAAUAGACAGCAACCUUCGACACAUGAUAUUCAACACUGCAUUUUGCAGGGCUUGUUUUUAGCUAGAGAGCAGAUUUAGCAUAUACACACAAAACUAGUUUUCUACUGUGUGUUUGCUGUACAGGUUUAGCACAUUUCUGCAAAAGCAUUCUUCACUAUACGAAAAAAAGCAGAGGCAAACUUUAUGAUCAGAAAGGAACAAUGGAGAAGUACCUAAAUACUCAGAUUCAAAGCUGUUCCUGAAAAUUCACAUGUUCUUGUAAUUAAUUGGGAGAAUGAAAUGACACUUUUCAUCUUCCUUUGAAAAGCUGGAGUCCUGCUCUUUCAACAAGCGCCCAUGGUGGAAAUUGAUGGGAUGAAGAUGGUGCAGACGCGAGCUAUUCUCAACUACAUUGCAACCAAAUACAAUCUCUAUGGGAAGGAUGUGAAGCAGAGAGCAUUGUACUGUAACAUUUCUAUAAGUUUUGUUAUUAAUGCAUGAUCCAAGAAGAAAUCUCUAGUCUGUGAUAUAAUCUGCUGACAAGCUAUGAGUCAGCACAUUUCAACUCCCUGUGACUGCCAACUAAAACAAAAAAGGUUCAAGAUUGAGCAAUGUGAGCUAAUAGAACCUCUCAGUUUCCCAACUAGUUCAUGUGCACUGGUUCAUUUGAAAUCAAGGUGGUUGCUCCAAAGUUCAUGCCCUAGACAUUCAUUUAAUCUCAAUAGAUUGGAUCACUGGAGGUCAAUACACCUUUCCCAUUCCCCCCCCCCCUUUUCACUUAUAUAAUUCUGAUUUUUAAUAUGAUUUGCUUUAAAAAAAGUGUAACUGAAGGUCUCUAUGACUGAUCAGCAAACCAUACAGUUUUUUGUUCAUUGUGCAUAUUUAUGCCCCUGAAAAUAGGGGCAUUUCCUGCCAAUGUGUUUUUUUCUAUCAGACAAAUGAUAUUACUCAGAAAGCACUUUUAUUAUGGUGUAUGAGAGAGAGACUGAGACUGAGAGACACUGAGAGAGAAAAAGGCUCUUUCAAAGGAAGAAAUACCUUCUCCAAAAUAUAGAAGCAUUGUCCCUGUUUUUCUACUGAGAUGACACAAUUCUCCCCUCUCCCUCUUGUGUUGGUUCUGUUUGUCUUACCAUUGUGUUGUUGUUGUUGAUGAUGUUGUUGUUUUUGUUGUUAUAUCCAUUUGUCCAGUGCCCAUGUGUGCUGUUUUCUGAAAAGAGUAUAGUUUAAAGGGCUUUCCUCAGAGAGCAAGGUAAAAGAGGCUUUGGCAUGGAAAGCCCCAUACAAAUAGGAAUUAGUUGCCACAAGACUCUAGAUCUGUGCGGCUAAUUUUCACAAUCCCACUCUGUCCUACAUUUGUGGUUUUACUCCUGCUUCCAUUAGCCCCAGCCAGCAUGGCCUAAGGUCAGGGGUGAUGGAAGUAGGAACCGAAGAAACCUCUGGAGGUAAACAGCUUCUCUAUCCCUGUUACAGAGGGGCAACAGGUCUAGCACACAGGGAUAUCCGUAUGAUUUUUAUUAUGGAGUUAUUUGAGUUGUUCUUUAAAGCCCACCCUUCAGCCAAAAAAACAUUCCUGGAGCAGCUUAAAAAUCACUUUGAAAAGACACCCCCCUCCACACACACAUACCUCAAGCUUCUCAUCUGAAAAGAAAUGACAUGAAAGGAACAUGAAUCAGGUGUGAGGAGGAAAUAAGCAAAUUGAGGUUCAAGUUCCUCGCUGCCGUCUUUCUUUGUGGGUGAGGUGCUCUGAAUUGUUGAAGUGGCUACACAAAUUUAGUUUUUUUCUUUUUUUAAAAAAUAUUAUUGCCGAUGUUGUUAUUAUUAUCUGAGAGGAAGAAACACUUUCCCACUAUUGACGCACGAGCUUUAUUGGUUUCUGCGAUUUUCAAUGUACCACACCAAGUCCCAUGGUCCCUGGCGAUCCAGUCACAACAACAUUUUCUUUCCCUCAGGAUUGAUAUGUAUUGUGAAGGUACUAUGGAUCUCUAUGAACUGAUGCUGAUGCUUCCCUUCAAGCCAGCUGAUACGAGGGAGAAGGAGUUUGCAAACAUCAUCGAAAAAGCCACCACCAGAUAUUUCCCAGCCUUCGAAAAGGUACGAGGCAAAGAAGGAACGGAACUUACAACCCCUUUUGAGAGAACAGAGUCACCUAUGCUCAACUGUAGUUGGCACCUGGUAACGUUGACAGGACUGUCUGGUCCGUCAGAAAUCGUUUUCUUAAUUCUUCAUUUUCCAAACGGCAACAUUACAUUUUAGACCAUGUCCUGAGCUAAAAGGAAACAUUUUAGUGGUGUGAGAGAAGAGUAAGCAUAGCACACAGCAUGUUAAUACCCCAGCUUCUCAUUUUUGGUGCAGUGGCUUUUCAGAUGAAGUGUUGUUGUUUUUUUGGCACUCCUUACAUCAGUACUGAUCCAAAUCCUCUUCAUGUCAUGAUGCAAUAUUAUCUGGGUGUGUGGUUUUCAAAAGUUGCCCAAAUAUAUAUUCUCCAUUUUGUUUAUGUACCUGAAGUACUUUUAAAACAUUUCCCACUCUGUAGGUCCUCAAAGAUCACAGGCAAAAUUUCCUGGUUGGAAAUCAGCUCAGCAAAGCAGAUAUUCAACUGCUUGAAGCCAUUUUAAUGGCAAAAGAGCUGAAGGCUGAUAUUCUCUCCCAAUUCCCUCUUUUAAAGGUAAGCAACACAAUUUCACAACUUAUUAUAAAGAUAGAGAAUGAACAGGUGUUGUUGUUGUUGUUGUUGUUGUAUUUAUGUAUGUACAGUGGUACCUCAGGUUAAGUACUUAAUUCAUUCCGGAGGUCCGUUCUUAACCUGAAACUGUUCUUAACCUGAAGCACCACUUUAGCUAAUGGGGCCUCCCGCUGCCGCCGCGCUGCCAGAGCCCGAUUUCUGUUCUUAUCCUGAAGCAAAGUUCUUAACCUGAAGCACUAUUUCUGGGUUUGCAGAGUCUGUAACCUGAAGUGUAUGUAACCUGAAGCGUAUGUAACCCGAAGUACCACUGUAUGUAUGUAUGUAUGUAUGUAUGUAUGUAUUUAUACAUAUCAUACAUACAUACAUACCCUGCCCAUCUGGCUGGGUUUCCCCAGCCACUCUGUGUGGCUCCCAACAGAAUAUUUAAAACACAAUAAAACAUCAAAUAUUAAAAACUUCCCUAAAAAGGUACAGGUUCCUGGCUCUAGCAAGUUCUCAUUAGCUGUGAAACCCUCCAGAUCUUGCUGCACUGCAGCUCCCAUCCACCCCGAUCACUGGCCAUGCUGGCUGGGGCUGAUGGGAAAUGUAGGCCGUCCAUAACGGAAAGCUCAUAGGUUCCCCACCUCUGUGCUAGAGCACACUAUCCAUACAAGAGUAGCAGAAUAGCAAGGGGGUUGGAAGCAGCGACAUACCAUAGGGAACAAUAUGUCUACUAACUGCAAUUGCCAUUCGAGUCAAACUGCCCCAAAGCGAGACUCCAUAUUCCGUUUUCCAAGGUAUACUCAGUACAGCACUGUAAUUCUCUGGGGACCUUUGCUGGUAUACAACAGAUAGAUUGUGCAGGUUCCCAGGCUUUAAAAAUGUCUGUACGCAUAUAGUAUAUAUGUGUGCACAUGUGUUUUGGUGAUUGAGCAUGUAGCAUCACAUGGCAAAAGGCACACAUCCUAAACGAGGACUUAGUAGUCUGAUAGGAAGAGCAGCUCUGGAGCUCAUAAGUAUGGUGCCAUUAAUUCAACCGAACUAGUAGAUCUAUACUUGCACCCUGUAAUGGGUUUAGGGGUUGCUCGUGCGUAAGUUGCCGCCACUCCUGGCUAGGUUACCUGGUUGAACCCUUUCUGACCGGACAGCCUCUAGCUUCGUGGCUGUCUCAGUCGCUGGCAGAAUCCGUCAGUGGGCGUUUCUUGAACUUCUUCCAGCACAAAAGUUCUUUGACACCUAGUCUCCGCCUAGUCUCCCUGCGCGGAAGCCUUCUGCGCAGGGAGGGUGUGGGCAGCGGAGGACCCGUACUCUCUCCGCUGGUCUCCGGCGAAGAGUCUUGGAGCCUCCUCUCCGGUUCCCCCAUCUGCCCCCCUUCUCCACUGGUGUUACGCUGAUUUCCUUCCCCAGCGGACGGGCUGCCUCUCUCCCUACUGGGACCCUCUCCGGCAUCCCUCUGGAGCCUUCCCUCCGCCUCUAGCUCCGAUGGCAGUUCCCUGACACACCCCUUUCUGGAUAUCUUCAGCCUCCAUAUAAAGGAAAGUGGGAGGCCUCACAGAUGAGAGCUCAGUAUGCUUACUGAAGCAUAAGCCGAGCUCUAGUAUGGAGCUUUUAUCCCCCUUUGCAUACCUAAAACACCAUUGUCUCUGAAACGUGACUUGGGUUUCCAUCACACAAAUAAGGCCCAUAUUCAUUGAGAAGCCAUUUGUGAAUUUACUGUGGACUCUUAAAAGCAACUCAGAAGCCUGCAAAUAGUGUUCAAAUAGUGGCUUCCAUCUUCAAAGGAGCAACCUUGAAAUAACUGUGUUUUGUAGAUAAUAAAGUUUCUCAUAAAUAGUUUCAGUAUCGAUGAUCAAGCUGUACUACCAUCAUGGUGAAAGAUGAUUCUUCAGGAAUGCCACCAUUUUUGCUAUAAGACUUCUUUUCUCUUCUAAAUGUUUUGCUGUUUCUCUUUUCAGGCUUUUGAAGUAAGAAUCAGCAGCAUCCCUACAGUUAAGAAAUUUCUGCAGCCCGGGAGUCCAAGAAAACCACCAUUAGAAGUUAAGGAUGUGCCAGGGAUCAUGAAGAUUUUCUACGGAUAA